AUGAGCAAGCAGAAGGCAGCAAAGCCCGCGGAAUUGGACCCGGUUUCUCUGGAGGAGAAUGAGAUUCCAAUUGAGGCGUAUGGCACUCCGGUAGACCUUGACGCGCCCGCUGAAAGUCAGUCCGCAGAGACUGCGAAGAGCUCGGGAGUGAAGAAAAAAGAGGGCCAACAAGAUGGGGAUGACUAUGAGUACACCGACUCGAGUGAUGACGACGAUGCUGACGAUGAAAACGACUCCGACGAGACGCUGAAAAAUCCUAAAGAGUCGGUAAUCCGAGUCAAUGAAACAAAUGGGACGACCAAGAAUUUGGACGAAAAUGGAGGCCACAACGACAAGCGGAGAGACUCGAAAAAAGAUGAUAAAGAUGAACAGUCAAAAGACAAGGAAGGUAAAGAAGAUGAUAAAGAAAAGAAGGACGAGAACGCAGACGAAACCGCCGAGAACACAGCCACCAACGGCAAACACAGCGGGCUGCUAGAGGGGAUGGAUCCAGUCACUGGUGAUUACAUAAGGCCCAAGAAUUGGGACACGUUGCCAAAGCCCGAAAAGGAGGUGGAGAGGGAAGAGGAGAAGCCAAGAACUCGAAUGGGCAAGAGGAAAAGAGAGAAGAGUGGGCUGAGGAGAUCGCGGUCGGUAAGAAAAAAGGGUCAAUUGUCGUUGUAAUCGCAACUCAUGUCACUAUGCAUAAACAAGAAGUCUUGCAUAUGUCUUAUAGAAAAAUACUCUCAAUUUGAGCCAAGUUUCAUUAAAAUCUGAGCGUCGUAUCUCGAGUACAGAGUUUUUUUGCCACAUUUUUCGAUACUUCCCGGAUGAAUGGCGUUUUUUGCCACUGGAUCAGGUUCUCCCCUUCAAUAAAUCCGAUUUUUAGCUCUCGCGACGAGUCCUGGACACAGUCUCCAACAAGAGUCGGACCGAUGACUCGGAUGAAGAAGAGGCCGGCACCGGGAAUUGGCUGUUCGGCAAUAGGAUUCGCUUUACCAUCAUGCUCAUCUCCACGUUAUGUUUAUCUUCAAUCUUGUCCAACAUUUUGACGUUUAAUUUCACAUUCAUUUGCAUGGCAGGCGAGAAGCCUCCUCAUUACGAGAACUUGACCAGUAAGUGAUGAAAACUUGGCCAAUGAAGACGACUUUUGUUUAGAGUUGCAACAAGAACAAAGCGGCUACAAACCGCAUUUGGAUUACACAUCCGGCGAGAGGAGUGCACUUUUUAUGUCGGUGGCCGUGGGCGCAUUGAUUGCCGUGUUCCCGAUGACCGUUGCGUUGAAUAAAUAUGGCUCAAGGUAUGAGAGAAGACAAAGAAGCCAAAACAUUUUGCCUUCGGACUUUUUGAGUCAAUGACAGUUCGGUCGACGCAAGAUCGGUUGAUAGGCGGGGUAGAGUAGGGGGAGGCCAAAAAAGUGGUAGGAGGUGCAUACGAGGCUGAAUGCCUAAGGACAUGCCAAUGUAUUUUACUCUACAAAAAAUCACAAAAAGUUUGCGUCAACUCUCUCCCCGUCUCGUUGGGUCAACUGUUUCUUCCCGGCGGAAACUUGGCGAAGACAUAAAACAUGAAUAUUUUUUAAAUUUUAUAAAUAUCUAGCCUAGUUUUACUGCCAUUGGGCUAGCAUAGAAAGACGAAAAAAUCCUCGAAAACGAAGAACCAUGGGGUUUGUUUGGAUUUUAUUGAUGUAAUACAUGCAAAACACCUCAAAAAUAGAUGAUAAACUGGCCUGGGACCCGAUCAAUCUUCUAAUUUCUAGUCAUUGGGCUUUCUCCUAGCCUCUAUGCAUACUAGUCCAUCCGGAAAGUCGCUGGAGUGAUUUCGGCGGCAUGCACUGUCCGAAAAAACAAAAUUCAUUUUGUACCUUGCAAAUAGGCUUUUUUCGGCUGUCGCUUGCACCUUCAACUUUACUUGCACCGCAAAAACCCCAAAAAUCACACCAUCGACUUUCCGGAAAGCCUACUACUCGAGAUGCCUUCGACCCGAACUGUCGUUGACCCAAAAACUCGUAGUGCCAAAAAAUUGCCGUUUUCAGGAUGACCUUCGGAAUGCUGGGCCUUAUCUCCACCAUAGCGACAUACCUCAUCCCCGUCUCGGCGAACACCUCCUUCUGGAUGAUGUUGAUAAUGCGAGGGAUUCAAGGCGUCGGGUUUUCGGCCUGUCUUCCCGUGAUGGGCUCGAUCACCUCGCAUUGGUCGACAUUAAAACAGAAUGGAAUUUUCAUCGCCAUUCUUUCGAGUUUCUUCCAAAUAGCGCCCAUUUUUACCAUGCCGAUUUCCGGGGAACUUUGCACAUCCGCAUUGGGAUGGGAGUCGGUCUACUAUCUUCACGGCACAGUCUGUUUGAUACUGUUCAUUAUUUUCAUCCUCUACCAUCGCAACAGCCCGCACAAACAUCCGAUGAUGAAUCGGAAGGAAUUGGUUAAAGUCUACUUUGGCAAAGGCUCGAUUUAUUCGGGGCCUGGCCGCGAGAACACGCGGAAAAAGUCGCGAAAAGUCCCAUACAAGGCCAUGUAUUCGGACCAUGCGAUAUGGGCGAUUCUUGUGGCAGCGUUCGGAAAUUUCAUGGGCACUCAGCUCUCGCUGCAGUUCAUUCCCACCUACUUGAAUAAGGUAUGAAGUUGAAUGCAAUUUCAACGAUUUCAACGCAUUUCAGGUCCUUGGUUUGCCGAUUGAGCAGACCGGAGUGGCGUCCGCCAUCUCUCCCGUCAUCAUGUUCUUCAUCAAGCUGGUCGCCGGCCAAUCCUCCGACAAGAUCACGUUCAUCUCGGACGAGUGGAAGUUGCGCAUCUACAACAGUCUUUCCUGCGGAAUGAUGGGCGUUCUCUUCAUCAUAUUGGCGAGUUUGGACCCGCGCACCAAUCCCAGUCUGUGCAUGGUGGGUGUAGAUUUUUUUGGCUUUUUUCUUCUUAUAACGUAGUGGUUGAGCAACUCUUCCCCUUUUCUGAACUUUCCCCCAAUCUGAACUGUCCCCCUUUUUCAACUCUCCCCCAAAAAAGACGGAACUCUCCCCCUUUUUUGAUUUUCACCGAAAAAUCUGAACUCCCCCCUUUUUUGAACACUCCCGCAUUUUGAAAAUUGAAAAAACUAGGUGUGACAUGUUAUACGAUGAAAUUUUUUUUCAAAUUGAAAAUAAUUCGGUUUGACAUCUUAUACGAUGAAAAUUUUUUUCAAAUUGAGAAAAAUUAGGUGUGACAUUUUAUACGAUAAAAUUUUUUUUCAAAUUGAGAAAAAUUAGGUGUGACAUUUUAUACAUUGAAAAUUUUUUUCAAGUUGAAAAAAAUUCGGUGUGACAUCUUAUACGAUGAAAAUUUUUUUCAAAUUGAGAAAAAUUAGGUGUGACAUUUUAUACGAGGAAAAUUUUUUUCAAAUUGAAGAAAAUUAGGCGUGACAUCUUAUACGAUGAAAUUUUUUUUUAAAUUGAAGAGAAUAAGCUGUGACAUGUACGAUGGUAUAGCAACUCACAUCUUAUUCUUAUCAAUUUGAAAAAAAUUUCGAUCGUAUAACAUGUCACGGCUAUUUUUUCAAUUAAAAAAAAUCAAUCAUAUAACAUGUCACACCUCAUUUUUUCAAUUUUAUAAUGUUUUAAAAUAUAUAAUAUUUUUUCCGUAGAGAAAGAAAAGUACAGAAUGCCGUUCCACUGAGAAAAGUUCUAUCAAAUAAAUGAAGAUAGUUUCUCGUCGGAAAAUCCUCGAAGCUCGCACUCACAUUUUGGCAUAACAUUUUACACUCAAAUGGCAAUUUAGACUGUAAAUCCUAGGCUUAAAAUCCCAUCCCACUCUAUCAUCCUCCCUUUCAGAUCACCCUGAUCGCCUCCACUUGUAUCCUCGGCUUCAAUUCGGGCGGCUUCUUCAAGUCCUCGCAGAUGGUCUCCCGCCAACAUUCCCACUUCACACUGGCCAACAUCGCCUUCCUCAACUGUGUGUGCAUGCUGAUCGUGCCGCUGCUCAACGAACUGAUUGCGCCCGAGAAUUUGCCGGAAGACUGGGCGGUUGUGCUCUGGAUUCACGGCGUCAUCUUGUUGCUGACGAACGCGUUUUUCUGCGUAAUGUGCAAGGCGAAGCCGGCUUCGUGGACCAUGGACGGGUGGAGUCAUCGAGCCGGGAAGCGGUCGAGGCGCUCCGUGAAGAGGUCCAGUGUGCAGCCGGUGGAUGCGGUUCAGAAACCCGAAAAUGUGGUUUGA